UCAUAACACAAUCAUUGUGUGACCUAUUGAUCCUGAAUCAUAGAGCGACUGGUACCACCUGUCACUUCCAGUCACCCAUGACCAAUGACAGCCAAGAUACCUUAUCCAUAGAUGUGUAGACGGGUAAAGGGCAGCUGUUAAUGGGCACAAAGACCAUAUUUCUCUAGAAAAUGCUGAAUGAUGACGCGAUAAGUCGCUGAAACUAGGAUAACAGAUGGAUUGUCUGCUCAAGCCCCAGGAAAAAUUUUGUGGAUGGGAUACCUACUGUCAGAUAGAUCAAUGAUGCACACUAAGCACAGCUGGAAUUUAACCUGGGAAGGAGCUGGAAAGUUUGAUGGGGAGGAGGAGCUGACUUAUUCUCCUGCCAUCACAAGAGAUAUAAACCCACAGAGGGAUCACAAGACAAAGCAGAGUCUCCUUAGCUGCCAGCAAACAGCAAGACGUGUUGGAGCAUCUUCACCUGUCGGCACAGUCCUCUCCUUCCAUCACACAAUGGUAACUUCCUUGAAGAUGUGGCCAAUGAUGGUCGCUGUGGCAGUGUGUGUGUUAAUAUGUAUAGGGUCACUAGUAGAGGGAUAUCCACCAAAACCAGAAUCUCCUGGAGAAGAUGCAUCCCCGGAGGAAAUGAAUAAAUAUUUGACCGCUUUAAGGCAUUAUAUCAAUCUGGUGACAAGGCAAAGAUAUGGGAAGAGGGACAGUCCAGCUGACAGUCUGCUUUCUGACCUUCUCUAUGGAGACAAUGGAAACCACAACAGCAGAUCACGGUAUGAUGACUCUUCCUACAACUGGUGACCCUCGGACCCUUCCCUCCCCCUCCUUAUACCCUGGGUGACUGCUUUCUCACUUUCCCUUCUUUUUAUUGUAUCAAUUAUUUUUAUGCCAUUUUGCAUUUUGACUGGUUCCUGUAUCUCAUCUCUCCGCCCAGCGGGGAGUGUGCAGAGUGGACGGUGCCACCCUUCAGCGGUGUAGAGAACACGUGCGUGUGUGCGUUGUGUGUACACCAUCCUACCAGAGCUGCCUCUCCCAUGACACGCAGUCUGUGAUGUUUGACAAAGAAUUCCACUGUGUCCAGAAAUAAAAGCAAGUUUAAUGG